UUUAUUAUAAAAACAAAAAAAAAAACUAAGAGAGAGAGAGAGAGAGGAAAGUCACUAUGUCAGCAUCACGUGUCUCUCUCUCUAUCUCUCUCUCUCCUCCCAAACACAACUCUCUUCUUCUACUUCUUGUCUAAAUCUCGAACUCAUCACAACUAAAACACAUCUCAUGGCUUCCACAACUCUCUGCGACCUCCCUGACGUCAUCUUAUCCACCAUCUCCUCCCUCGUCACCGACUCGCGAGCCCGCAACUCCCUCUCCCUCGUCUCCCACAAGUUCCUCGCCCUCGAGAGAUCCACCCGCUCCCACCUCACUCUCCGCGGCAACGCGCGUGACCUCCACCUCCUCCCCGGCUGUUUCCGUUCCAUCUCCCACCUCGACCUCUCUCUCCUCUCCCCGUGGGGCCACUCUCUCCUCACCUCUCUCCCCGUCGAUCACCACCACCUCCUCGCUCUCCGCCUCCACAUCUGCUUCCCUUCCAUCACCACCCUCGCCGUCUACUCCCGCUCCCCGACCUCCCUCGAGCUUCUCCUCCCUCAGUGGCCGAGGAUCCGCCACGUCAAGCUCAUCCGAUGGCACCAGAGACCCUCUCAGAUCCCUCUCGGCGGCGACUUCGUCCCCAUCUUCGAGCACUGUGGUCUCCUCGAGUCUUUGGAUCUCUCCGCCUUCUACCACUGGACGGAAGACUUGCCUCCCGUUCUACACCGCUAUGCUGACGUGGCGGCGAGGCUCACUCGCUUGGAUAUAUUAACGGCUUCUUUCACGGAGGGAUACAAGUCUAGCGAGAUCGUUGAUAUCACUAAAGCUUGUCCUAAUCUCAGAGACUUCCGUGUGGCGUGCACGUUUGAUCCGAGAUACUUCGAGUUCGUCGGUGACGAGACUCUCUCCGCCGUGUCUACCAACUGUCCUAAGCUCACACUCCUCCACAUGGUUGACACAGCAUCGCUGGCAAGUCCUAGAACUGUUCCAGGUAGUGAAGUAGGAGAUGCAGCUGUCACGGCAGCGACGCUGAUGGAGGUUUUCACAGCUCUACCGCAUCUAGAGGAGCUCGUGCUUGACGUUGGUAAGAACGUGAAGCUUAGCGGUGUAGCAUUAGAAGCGUUGAACACUAAAUGCAAGAAGCUGAGAGCUUUGAAGCUAGGACAGUUCCAAGGGGUUUGCUCAGCGGUAGAGUGGGGGAAGUUUGACGGUGUGGCGUUAUGUGGAGGGUUGUUGUCGUUGUCGGUUAAAAACUCUGUUGAUUUGGGUGAUAUGGGUUUGAUAACUAUAGGGAAAGGAUGUUGUAAGCUGAGUAAGUUUGAGAUUCAAGGGUGUGAGAAUGUGACGGUGAAUGGGCUUAGAACAAUGGUUACACUGCUUAGGAAGACAUUGACUGAUGUUAGAAUCUCUUGCUGUAAGAAUCUAGAUGCGACAGCUUCUAUAAAGGCCGUUGAGCCGAUCUGUGAUAGGAUCAAGAAGCUGCAUAUUGAUUGUGUUUGGUCUGGUUCAGAGGAGGAAGGUGGAGAAAGGGUGGAAACAAGUGAGACUAAUGAUGAUGAUGAUGAUGAUGAUGAUGAUGGUGAUGAUUAUGAGAGGAGUCAGAAGAGGUGCAAGUAUUCAUCAGAGGAUGUGAAUGGGUUCUGUUCUGAAGACAGAGUGUGGGAGAAACUUGAGUAUCUGUCUUUAUGGAUCAGUGUUGGUGAGUUUCUAACACCAUUACCUCUGACAGGACUGGAUGAUUGUCCUAACUUGGAAGAGAUUAGGAUCAAGAUAGAAGGUGACUGCAGAGGUAGACGCAGGCCUUCUGAGCCAGAGCUAGGCUUAAGCUGUCUAGCUCUCUAUCCAAAGCUCUCAAAGAUGCAACUAGACUGCGGUGACACUAUCGGUUUCGCCUUGACGGCGCCGCCUAUGCAGAUGGAUCUGAGCUUGUGGGAGAGAUUCUUCUUGACUGGGAUAGGAAACUUGAGCUUGAGCGAGCUAGAUUACUGGCCACCGCAGGAUAGAGAUGUUAACCAGAGGAGUCUUUCUCUUCCUGGUGCCGGUUUGUUACAAGAAUGCUUAACUCUGAGGAAGCUUUUUAUUCAUGGAACAGCUCAUGAGCAUUUCAUGAACUUUUUGUUGAGAAUACCAAACUUGAGAGAUGUGCAGCUCAGAGAAGACUAUUAUCCAGCUCCUGAGAAUGAUAUGAGCACAGAGAUGAGAGUUGGUUCUUGUAGUAGAUUUGAGGAUCAGUUGAACAGCCGCAUCAUCAUUGACUGAUACACUAAACAGUGAGUUAUGUAUUAACUUCAAAGAAAUAGUCUGAAGUUGUACUUUGAGUGUUAUGUAUGUUUUGUAAAAGAAAAGAUCAAAGAUGGAUGUAUACAUUUGCAAAUUGCAAUGAUUAAUGAUUUUUAAGUUUUUA